AUGGCGGGAAUGAGUGCGAAUGAUACACAAAUUGUUUUCAAGAGUUUUGCGAGUCAAGGUGGAUUCAGUGGUAGAGAGGCCUACCUUAAGCAGAAACUCGAUCAUUUCCAAGAAAAUAAAGAGUGGUCCCAACGCUACUUCUACAACAAUCGAUAUUACCGAAAAGGAGGUAAUGUUGCUUUUCUAAUGCUAGGAGGAACUGGAGUUCUAGAUAUGGAAUGGGUAACCGAUGAGAAAAUUCCAUUCGUACAAUUUGCCAAAGAGAGAGGAGCUCUAAUGUUCGCUUUGGAGCAUCGCUUCUAUGGAAAAAGUCGUCCAACAGAAGACUUGUCCGUGAAAAAUCUCCAAUACUUGAAUAGCCGUCAGGCAAUCGAGGAUAUCGCCACUUUUAUCCAAACAAUGAACAACAAAUUUAAACUAAAUAAUCCGAAAUGGAUCGUGUUUGGUGGUUCGUAUGCUGGGUCACUUGCCCUAUGGGCUCGACAGAAGUAUCCAGAAAUGAUCACUGGAGCAGUUGGUAGCUCGCCACUUAUGGAGCCAAGGCUUGACUUUUGGGAAGCAUCGCAACUAGCUGAUAAAGUGUACCGCAAUUCCGACCCAAAGUGUGCCGAAAACAUCAAAAUCGGAUUCCUGCAGAUGAUGGACAUGCUUGGCAAUGAGACAGGACGUUCCCAAUUGUCCGAAUUGUUCAAGACAGAACCUCGGUCCCUGACACCGGAUCUCCGUAACAUACAACUGUUCACGUCGAUUCAGCUUAACAACUUCCUGUCAGCCGUACAAUACAGAGGAGGGCCAUACAUGCAAAACGGCACCCACUCAUUCAACGUAGAGUCGCUGUGUGGAAUGAUGAACAAUGACAAAUUCGAUCAGAUAAGAGCUCUGGAACGUAUCAAUAGUAUAAGAGUCAUACAAAGCAAGUAUUUGAGCGAUAUGCAAAAAAAUACUCCGGUGGAUUUUGAUGCUCUCGUGAAAUACCUUGUCAAGAAAGAUUUCGAUGAAGAGGGUUGGGCCUCCGUUGAUCGUGCAACAUUAUGGCAAAGGUGUACGGAGUUCGGCUCGUUCCCAACAACUGACGGCGACACAAAUAAUAUCUUUGGUUCACUUGUUUCGCUAGAUUUCUAUGUUGACCUAUGUCGAGUAUUUGGUGAGGAGUUCGAUGCCGAAUAUAUUGAGAAGGCUAUCGAGAAAACACUGCAGUACUAUGGUGGUGCUGAUGGAUACAAUGGUACGAAUGUCCUAAUUCCCAACGGUGGAUCUGACCCAUGGCACCUGCUGAGCAAACUCUCAUCAGAGGAUCCUACCGUUGUUACGUACCUGAUUGAAGGUGGCUCCCAUUGCGCCGAUAUGUUCCCCUCCGAAGUCAGGGAUGUACCAGAUGCUGAGCGAAAUGCAGUCAAGGAGAUCCAACAGCUCAUCGCUCAAAAUAUCGACAGCUGGAUUUCGGAUAUCCCAAGCCCAUUUUAUCUUAAAAAGAAGGAGCCAGAAGAAUACAUAGUGAGACGAAAAGUAUCUGUGCCGGCGAAUCGGGUUCCCCCUUCGAAAGAUUCAAAAAGCAAGUUCAAGCUUUCAAAAAGGCAGCCGACACGAGCUUCAACCAUUCAACUGUCGUCUAAAGGAGAAUCGAAUAAUCCUCAGGCUGUGCGUUUGGGAAGGCAUUCAUAUGGAUUCAUACCUAACCGUGACAAGCUGCUAGACAUACCAGCGGAAUUCGAGAGUGGAUACUUCACCCAGCCCGUGGACCAUUUCAACAACAAGAACCCAGCCACAUUUGAGCAGGAGGGUAAAACAAAUUCUAACACUACAUAUACAUCACAGAGAUACUUCAAAAACGAGCAAUGGGCAAAACCAGACGGUCCAAGUUUUCUGAUGAUUGGCGGCAACUCACCAAUUCACCUUGAAUGGGUUCUCAAUGAGAAUUACACCUAUCUGCAAUGGGCGAAGAAAUUCGGGGCAACGGUGUAUCUUCUCGAACACAGAUACUAUGGUGAAAGCGAUCUUUUAACAACGUGGGAUGAAUCCACUGACAUCACCCUAAAGAAGAACUACUUGACCUACCUCUCAUCGCUACAAAUGCUUCACGAUGUGGCCAAUUUCAUAGAAAACGUUGACGCUGAGAAUGGUAAACGAGGCAAAUGGAUCGCGUUCGGUCGAUCUUAUGCAGGAUCACUAGCCCUAUGGAUGCGCGAACUGUUUCCCGAUCUGGUUCAUGGAGCUGUCGGUUCUUCGGCACCUCUGGAAGCAAAGAUGGACUUCUAUGAAUAUUACCAAGUGAUCGAAGCAUCAAUCCGUAAUUACAGCGAAGCUUGUGCGUAUUCUAUAGCUACGGGAAAUGCUCAUGGUCAUGGGAUUCCGGAAUUAUGCCACUUCAUGGAAAGGUCCAUCAAUGAAACCCGGACACCAUUAGGAAAACUGGCCAGUUUCAACAGAUAUAUGACGGAAUUCCACACGGGUGCUCCUUUCAAAUACACAUUCAACAGUUACAAGGAUUUCGUCGCCUCAUCAUUCCAGGCUCAAUUUUCAAAAGACCGAAGAGAUGUAGCGCUCAGCGGACAACUUGAAUCGCAAUGCCAAAAGUUCUGUUUGAAUAAAUUGAAGAAUUUGUGGGCUCAUGAACGUCAUAUCAUAUCGAAACGUUUAAUUGCACACAAUUAUGAGGCAACAAAUGUGGUGAUGACACAUGGCUCCCUCGACCCGUGGAAAGCUCUAGGCAAGGUGAAAUGCGAAGAAACUGACAACUGCUUUAUGAUUGGAGGAGCUGGUCAUUGUGCAGAGAUGUAUCCUGCUCAAGAAGAAGACUCACCUCAGCUCAGUGAAACCCGCAGUAAGAUUGAGAAAAUCAUUGGAGAGUGGGUAGGGCAACACAACUCUAACAAUGUCGACGAGGAACAACGACCGCCAAACGUCAUGGACACCAAAUUCCCAUUCCUUGUAAUCGGGAAGAACCCUGGAAAACACUUUGAUAUCCUAGAUUCAGUAAUGCCGUAA